AUGGUCUACUUGUAUACCACAUAUUCAUGUGAGAUCGCUAUUUACAGACUUAGAGACAGGAGUUGGACGCCGGUUUUCACUAGAAACUACAUAUGGGUUUGCGUGAUAUUCUACAAGGAUAACUUUUACUCAGUUGAUCAGUUUGGCGUGCUUCGACGAUCCUUGUUCGAUAAAUCUUAUUCUAAUUACAAGGAGGAGGUAGUAUCGAGUGGUUUCAAAUUUAGGUGUCGAUUCAGGUACUUGGUUGAGUCUUGCUCCGGUGAAUUGUUGAUGGUCGUGAGGAGGCUUAAAAGUUGUCUAGAUUCUGAUGGCCAAUGGAGACUCAGAACCAAGUUCUUUGAGAUUUUCAAGUUAAAUCAGAGCAAUGGUGACUGGGAAGUGGUGAGAAGUUUCGGUGAUCAAGUUCUGUUCUUGUCUCAUAAUGAUUCAAAGUUCGUCUCAGUUAGAUACAAUUCUGAAUAUAAAGACAACUCAAUCUAUUUCAUUGAUGAUCUUGGACGACGUAUCAAAUCAGGUAGUGAAGAUUUUGAUGUAUAUGAUUUGAGAAAUCAUAAGGUUGAGUCAAUAAAACUAUCUCACGGACACAGACGUAUGCAUUGUCAAUGGUUUUAA